CUUUUCUUAUAAGUUUGCUAUAUCCAUUUUAGCCAGCGGUAGUCUAUUUUUCAGAUUUGCUUCCUAUAACAACUUGACAGUAUAGCUUCAUAUCAUCCAGACAUUUUGAACGAAUAUAUGCUAUGUCAUUAGGAACACUUAAGAUUGAACUCGUAUGUUUGCAAGGGCUUGCUUUGAAUGGAUUUCCUAGUACUAAGACGUAUAUUAGUUGCUCUCUUUCGCCGUCCGAAAAGUAUAAGACACGUUCUGUAAGUGGCCCCGAGCCUCAAUACCACGAGACAUUGAGCUGUCAUGUAACUGACAAAAGUAUGUCAACAUUAUACUUUGAAGUAUAUAACGAGGAUAUGAGUCGUCCAGGAAUCAUCGGCACUUCUGAAUAUAAUCUAGAUAAAGUAUACCUGAGCGCACACAAACUCGAAGAGUGGAUAUCUGUAAGGACAACUGUAGGUGGACCGCUUGGUGAUCUUCUUGUCAAAUUUAAAUUUUUGCCUUCACAAAAUGUAGAGGAAAAAAUCACUGAUGCUGCAUCAAUAACACAGCAGUGCAUAAAUACCGCACAACCAUUAGUGUCAGACACAUUCUCUGCAUCUAUUGGUGAAACCGCACCUAUCACGCAGUUACCCACUAUAACAACUUCCUCUGGUACAACCCCCGGAGUUGUUGCAAGUAUAACUACUACUUCUGCUCAUGGUGUUCUUCCAGCCUCAGUAUUGAUGCAUACCGUUCCUCCGACUGUGCUUAAUACACAAGCUACUAUCGCCGAUUCUCAGCAUUACCCAAUACCAACACCUCUGCAUACACCAACGCCCACAGCACCAAUACCUGUUGUUCCGGCUCCAGUAACACCUAUAACGGUUGCUACACCUCAACCAGUCAGUAUUCCUCCCUUAUCAACACCACCUAUCCCAGCCCCAUCACCAUUACCACCAAGCCUUAGCCUACCAACAGUACCUAAGCCAGUUAUGCCUAGAAAAGACGAAAAGAAAAACAAAUCUAAUAAGAAAGGAGCGUCAUCUGAUUGGGUGGUAAGUUCUCGCUUUUCCUUUUUCGUCCACAUUUACAAAACGGCCUUUUCCAAAAAUUCAUAACGGUUAUUAUUGUUUCAUGGAUCAGAAAGUUGGUAGUGCGGCCAUUGCAGGAGCUGCCAUAGAAGGGAUCGGGCAUUGGGUAACUAACAAGUUGACAAGCAAUGAGGAUAAAAAGAAAAAGAAGCAAUAUGAAACAUUUGAAAAAGCAAUGAAUGAAAAACCUUAUCGCUCAGCAAGUUUCCGAACGACAGAGGAAAAUAGUAAGCAAAUGAUUCAAAAAGAAGAAGAAGACGAAGAGUUUUAUGAUGCGAAAGAAUAGCAUGGCUGCUAAUCUGAACUUUUUCAGUUAAUGCCCUGAAGUUUCGCUUUGGUAGCAUUCACUGAGAAAGUUGGCUGGCGAGCAUUGGUCAUAUAAGACAGACAAAAAUCAUUGGAUUAAAGGCUUCCUGAGAUACCAUUCCAAACGUUGAGAAAAUUAAUAAAUACUCAUACCGCAUCGCCAUAGA